AUGAUUAGAAUCACAAGAUUCUUGAGGUUCGCCUCAAAUACCUAUUCUAAUAAGGAUUUAGUAUUUUCAUUGUUGUCGUCUCACGAAUCAUUGUAUAAUAAGGUUCCAGUAAAAAACCUUACAGUUCCAGGAUAUGAUGGCUAUUUUACUGUCACCCCUGGCCAUUCCCCAAUGCUUUCAACACUAAAACCUGGCGUUGUUUCAUUUUCUCUCAAGGAUUCCAAUGAAGUUCAUAAAUUUUUUAUUUCGAGCGGCUUUUUCGUCUACAGACAAUCUGACGAUUCACACACUGCCGACGUUAUGGGUGUGGAAAUUGUGCCUCUAGACCAACUUGAUAAAGAACGUGCUACUUCAGUUCUACAGGAAGUUUUAUCUGAGACUCAAGGAGACUCGAGUCAGUGGGCUAAGGUCAAAACGUUCCUAACGCAAGAUUUAUGCUCGUCUGUAAUUAAAGCGUUACAAUAA